AAUCCAUUUAGCCUUGAUACUGCCUGCCCAGUCCAAGAAUUGCCUCUGGAGAGCACCCAAGGACCUCCAACAUGAAAUCCAUUUUGUUAUCUGUGUUGACAGGAUGUUUCGCGUUGACAAAUGUGGCACCCUCUCCAUCAAAAAUAACAUGGUGCGCAACAUCUGAUCAAGAGUUAAAAAAAUGCCAUGCCAUCGCUGCCAAGAUAGCAGAAAAAACAUCAGAAACGCAGUUCGUUUGCGUUAAACAUGAAGGAUCAGAUGGUUGCAUCAAAGCCAUUAAGUCUGGUGAGGCAGAUGCUAUCACUCUUAAUGGAGGAGAAAUCUAUAAGGCUGGACUGAAAGACUAUGACCUUCACCCUAUCAUUGCAGAAGAUUAUGGCAAUGAAACAGGCACGUGUUACUACGCAAUUGCUGUGGCGAGAAAAGGCACAGGCUUUGGGUUCAAAGACCUUCGUGGGAAGAAAUCUUGCCACACAGGUUUAGGGAAGUCUGCUGGCUGGAUCAUCCCUACUGGAGCACUGAUCUCAGAGGGACACAUUAGCUGGGAAGGCAUUGAUGACAAACCUGUGGAGCAGGCUGUCAUGGAGUUUUUCUCGGCCAGCUGUGUUCCAGGGGUGGAGGGACCAAAAUUUGCCAAACUGUGCCAGCUUUGCAAGGGAGACUGCACUCGUUCUCACAGAGAGCCUUACUAUCACCACCAUGGGGCCUUCCAGUGCCUAAAGGAUGGAGUUGGAGAUGUUGCCUUUUUUAAAUACUCGACAGUGCCUGACACGGAGAAGGCCGACUAUGAGCUGCUGUGCAGGGAUGGGACCAGAAAAAGCAUCGAUGAGUACCAGACCUGUCACCUGGCCAGAGUGCCCGCCCAUGCCGUCGUCAGCCGCAAGGACCCUGCACUGGCCAGACACAUCUACGAUACCCUGCAACUUGUCCCGGCCUCCGAGCUCUUCUCCUCUGAAGGCUACGAGGGCAAAAAUCUGAUGUUCAAAGACUCCACAGUCAAGCUGAUGAGGGUACCUGAGACCAUGGACUCAUUCCUCUACCUUGGAGCAGAGUACAUAGACACCAUCCGCUCUCUUCAGAAAGAAUCGAUAUCAGACAGCGGUUCUGGUGCCAUUAAGUGGUGCGCUGUGGGCAAUGCCGAAACCAGGAAGUGCGACAGGUGGAGCAUCAACAGCAUAGAUGGAGAUUCCAGCAAGAUUGAGUGUGAGGUUGCACCAUCUGUGCAAAAGUGCAUUGAAAAGAUCAUGCGCAAAGAGGCUGAUGCCAUGGCAGUUGAUGCAGGAGAAGUGUAUUCUGCAGGAAAAUGUGGAUUAGUGCCUGUCAUGGUGGAGCAGUAUGAUGAAGAAAAGUGCGAAUCUCCUGACGGCAGUGUCUCCUCCUACUAUGCAGUAGCAGUGGUGCGCAAAGGCUCAGGGGUGACCUGGGAAACACUGAAGGGAAAGAAGUCUUGCCACACAGGCCUGGGCCGCAGUGCUGGCUGGAACAUUCCCAUGGGCCUCCUCCACAACAGCACUGGGGAAUGCGACUUCACUACAUUCUUCAGUCAGAGCUGCGCCCCAGGUGCUGCACCUGACUCUACACUCUGUGCUCUUUGUGUGGGCGAUGGGCACAGCCAGAGUGGAACCAAGUGCGUGGCCAGUGCUGAGGAGAAGUACUACGGCUAUGCUGGAGCCUUCAGGUGUUUGGUAGAGGGAGGUGGCGAUGUAGCUUUUGUCAAACACUCCAUCGUGCCAGAGAACACAGAUGGUAAUGGCCCCUCAUGGGCUAAAGAUCUGAAGUCAGAUGACUUUGAGUUGAUUUGUCCGGACAAAACCACACCUUCUAGCAUCUCUGACUAUAAAUCUUGCCACUUGGCCCUCGUACCUGCCAAUGCUGUGGUGACUCGCCCUGGAACACGAGCGUUGGUGCUUAGAAUCCUCAGAGAGGAGCAGGCAAAGUUUGGCAGUUCCUCUGACAGUACCGACUUCAAAAUGUUCAGUUCAAAGGACGAGAAAAACCUCCUGUUCAAGGACUCCACAAAGUGUCUCCAGGAGAUUACGGCCCCCUCCUUCCAGGAAUUCCUCGGAAAAGAAUAUAUGGAUGCUAUGCACUCUCUUCGCCAGUGUCCCACCAGUCAGCCAGCCCUGGAACAGGCUUGCACUUUCCAUACCUGCCAGCAGAAGUCUUCAGACUGAGUGAUAUGUAAAAAUUAGACGCAGUACACUCUCUGUACGCUUCACCAACUCUUUUGGCAAUGAUUCACAUCCACUGAUAGCAAACAAAUCCUGAGACACAUACCAACACUAUUUCACUAAGGAGAUUCUGGACAGAAAUGAACUACAUAGCAUAACAUAAAAUCUGUAAGUAUUCUGGUCACUGAGCACAGUAGUCAUGUUAAUUUGUGCACCUAUUUUCAAACUAGGGACUGAUUUCAACCUGAUGAGUGUGUGUUGACUUCUCUGAUGUGUUUUUGAUUUAGACACAUCCUUGAACAUACAUAUAAACACACCUGUGGGAGAUGGUGUCUGACUUUUCCUCUGACGUGUUCAUGAUUUUUCUAUUGCAUUUGACGUCUUUUGAAACAUGGGCCUAGGUGUUGUAAACACCUUUGUUUCUCAUUCAUUUUGUAAGACUGUUGAAAACAGAAAUAAAAGUAAAUUUUAAUAAAAGGCUGUUCUAUUGCAA